UGGAAACAAGAAACCGGUUAGCUAAACUGCACCUACAGUUUACACCUUAAAGCGCUGUGCUUCCUUAUUUUUUUUAAUAGAUAAAAUGCUUAUGUGUGUCGCUUGAAACACCGUAGACUAAAACCGAAACUCCUCAGUCAACAAUGUUGUAACUGAGUGAACGGACACAUCAAUUUUUUUUCUGUCGACGUCACGAAAAAAUGUUCAGGAAUAAUUAUCAGGGUGGAGCUGUGGUGGAGAUCUUCAGCGGACAGGGAAAAGACCCUGUAGCUAAAUGGAAACUUUGUGGAGGGCCGUCAGCCAUACAUAAAGAGUAUAAUAAAGAAGUCAAAGGAUUUGUUUACUGUCUAGAGGGAAGCAGCCAGACAGUCAAGAUGCAAAUACCAGAGAAUGGAAAAAUGUCUCUUGGGCUUCUCCAAAGAUUUUUGGUGCUUCAAGUGAAUAUUCCUCAGUGCAAUGAUUUUUCUGCCGAGUUUGUGAUAACUGAUUCAGAGCACCUGAAAAGAAGGCUUCACUUAUCGACGGUGCAUAAAGAGCUAUCUGUCACCCCUUUACACGCAAAGAUACCUUUUGUGGGAUUGAGGCACAAUGUUUGGUCUACUUUAUGCAUCGACCUUGUAUCACUGACCGGUGAACUUUUCAAGGAAUUUCUGAGACUCGAUGGCAUCAGUUUGUUCGCCACCUGUAAAGUCAGGAGAAUCUUCACUAUGAAACAGAGCCCACAGGAACAUCGGAUGAUGGUAAUGCAAUUGCUUAUUGACAUGUUUUUCGGUGGAGCUAGUCUCAUAGACUUGAUCCCUCGCAGUUGCCAGUACCCACCAGAUGUGAAGCAAAUCACUCAGGUGUUGAACAUGGAGAAUUUGCGAAAGGCAGAUAUGAGGACUGGCUUUUUUAGCUCUGACUGUGUUCCUGAUCACUCUGCCACUGCCAGAUCAACUAGUUAUCGGAGAACCAGGCCCCAGGCUGUUUUACACACAGCCUCAGGCUCCAGAGCUUCAGGACCACCUCCCCAAACUGGAAUAAAAAGCAAUGCACGCUCAGACACAAUGGGAUCCAGCAGAAAUAACCCACAGGUUACUACAGAUACUCUGCGCAUUACCAACCUGAGUGAAAAUUUAUCACACGGGGAACCUUCCCACAUUCUUCACAAAGCAGCAUCUGGCAGUUUACACCCUCACCCCCCCAAAAAAAGAGUGUUUGACAAGCAGGGAUCUAAGAAGCUGCGGGUUUUCAGUGCUAGAGGAGCGGAACAAACAUCAGCCUCUCCAGAUGCUGUACCUUGUAACGACAGAAAGAGGAGUAAAAGCAGGCAGAAGGGCACCCUUCCAUCCAGUGGGCAAGAGAGCAGCCAGCAGCCGCUGACCCUAACAGAAAAAUCGGAGCACCCAACAGCAGAUAAGAGAAGCUGCAGUCCUGCCAAGGAAAGUUCAAGAGUCACUCCCACCCCAGCAGAGUUCCAACUCUGCUCGAUCCGGCCAGGUUUGUCUUCUGACCUGCAGGUCUGGAGCAGCUGGGAGAGUAAUGAGGGGUCUGAGCCCCAGCUCACUCUGCAGGAGGAGGUGUUCACUUUCUCGUCCCAUCCUCACUCACCCAAACGGGGGCAAGGCCAGGGUGACCAUGGCAAGACGGAGAUAGGAGAUGAUUUGGUUCAGAACAAAAGUGGGAGGCGGUACGAUGCCAAGCCUGAAGAUGACUUUAUUGGCAGUGAAAGUGAUGAGGAUAAGAGCUACAUCAAGUUCCAGCAUCAAAAAAUUAGUAUGUCCAACCCUGCUACCUCCAGAGCUCCUGAUCCAGCUUUGAAGGUGCAACAUGAAGGCCAUUCUGAAUCCCCUAACAUGGACCAAAUAUUCCCAGAAGAGCUUUCUCUCCCUAACACCAGUAUGCAGCCUUCAUCCAGUGGCAAAGCUGAACCAAAUAUAAUGGUCCCUGCACGCUGCCUUUCACCUAACAGACACAAACACAAGUCUGGUCCAAGGGGAUCAGAGGAAGUGAACCAGUUUCUGGAUAAGAACAGCAGCGUAUCGCUUUCUAGGAGACUCCUACAAGAAGUGAAAUUGGGCGAUUCCAAACGAUACAAGGAAGAAGAAGAGGAGGCACUGAAGCCUGUUGAAUCCAGUCAUUAUGACUUACACCUGCUUGGCAGUCUACGGAUACGUGGGGAUGAUGAUGAGGAGCUCCGAAUGCUGGCAAGCCUAAAAAGAGAGCAGGAGGAAGAUGAAUGUAGAGCCUCGGGCCUCAGUGCAUCUCAGAUCCACCAGUGUAAUGUCAGCAUCAGCAUGAGCAGUGAUGACACCUCUACUUGGACCCACAUCUCCAUGCCGGCUAAUCAGGGGCAUCACUACCAGAAGGAAAUGACUCCCCUCCUGCAAUCAAAUCCGAGGGAGUGGAUGGACGUGCUCAGCCCUCCUAUUAUGCCUCCCAGCCAACAGAGAAGGUCAGGCAACACAUGGAGCAAUCGGGGAAGUCUAGUCAGAGGAGGAGAUGAGUCGGUGAAUGAAGAGGAGGACGAGGACGAGUAUUUGAAUCUGCUCUAUGAUCCUUGCCUGAACUGCUAUUUUGAUCCGAAGACUGGCAAAUACUACGAACUAGCUUGACUCAAAGUCCAUGAGAAUCAAAAUUAAUAAAUCACAUUGAGAGAGAAUGAAUGGCUUCAGGAUUUUUUUUAUUUUUUUAGGCUUUUCAGCUUUUUGAUGAGUAAUGAACUCCCUAUUCAUUAGGAACUGUUUUUGUGUUAUUGCUUUUAUUUUCUGAAACUACAGGAGCUUUGUGUCACCAUAUGUAGCAUCAUGUUGGUGUGUAAGGGAUGCUUUUCGAGAGUUCUUGCUCAUUCAGUGUCACAUCUGAUGGCAAAAAAGAGCUUUUCAGAGGUCUUGGCUUGCAAAUUAAUAUCUAAGCUUUCUGAAAGAACAUCCUGGAGAUCCUUUUAAUAAGACUUCUGACAUUUCAAUUUUGCAUGGAUUACUAUCACAAUAUAGGUAUAGGUUGUUGUUGGAAAUAAAUUUAGUUUGAAAAGGCA